AUGGCGCCGAUGUUGGCACCGCUGAAAUGCGGCUUUAACUUCCAAAGAAGAAAAUUGGCGCUGCUUAUUCGGCAGACGAGCUCAUAUCACGUCUGGAAUAAGCGCUCUGCUGAAGACGGGAAGGAUAAUAAACGACAAAGCGCGUACGUGCUGAGCUCCCUUCCACACCUUCGAACAGCAGCAUGGAGCACAAACAGAGUGGAGUGCAGUCGUCGAAUUUUAGACGGAGUAAAGCAUUUGCAGGAAACGGACAAGCGGACAUGUUGGCACGGACAAGCAGGCGGAGGUUUGAGCGCAGAUCCCAAAAAUGUGCUAAAAGAAGUGCAUUCAGCCAAGAUUCUCUCUGCUAUGCUGUCCUACGUGUGGCCAAAGGACAGACCAGACCUGCGGGCGCGGGUUGCCAUUUCGCUUGGCCUUCUAGCUGGAGCCAAGCUCACCAAUGUGGUCGUGCCCUUCAUGUUUAAGUAUGCAGUGGACGAGCUUAACCAGAUGUCGGGAGACAUGCUGAACCUGAAUGACGCGCCAAGCACCGUGGCUACCAUGGCAACGGCCAUGCUGAUAGGCUAUGGUGUCUCCCGGGCUUGUGCUGCAUUCUUUAACGAGCUGAGGAACACUGUGUUCGGCAAGGUGGCCCAAAGCUCCAUCCGACGCAUCGCCAAGAACGUUUUUCUGCACCUGCACAACCUGGAUCUGGGGUUCCACCUUAGCCGCCAGACCGGGGCGCUGUCCAAGGCGAUUGACCGCGGCACAAGGGGCAUCUCCUUCGUCCUCAGCGCUCUUGUCUUCAAUCUAGGACCCACAGUCUUUGAGAUGGCCCUCGUCGGUGGCAUUUUGUAUUACAAGUGUGGUGGACAGUUUGCAGCAGUGGCCUUGGGCACCUUGUCAGCGUAUACUGUAUUCACAAUCCUUGUUACUCAGUGGAGGACUCGUUUCCGUAUUGAGAUGAACAAAGCAGACAACGCAGCAGGAAAUGCAGCUAUUGACUCACUGCUUAACUAUGAGACUGUGAAGUAUUUCAAUAAUGAAAAGUACGAAGCUGAAAGGUAUGAUGACUUCCUGAAGAUCUAUGAGUCAUCCUCUUUAAAAACCACGUCAACGCUCGCUAUGCUCAACUUUGGCCAGAGUGCAAUCUUUAGUGUUGGCCUCACUGGAAUCAUGGUCCUGGCAAGCAAAGGAAUUGCAGCAGGUACUAUGACCGUGGGAGACUUGGUGAUGGUGAAUGGCCUCCUCUUCCAGCUCUCACUUCCCCUCAACUUCCUGGGAACAGUGUACAGAGAGACCAGGCAAGCUCUAAUUGAUAUGAACACGCUGUUCACCCUGCUCAGCGUCGACACAAAGAUCAAGGAGAAGGAUCUGGCCCCACCAUUAAUCGUCACGCCGCAGAACGCCACAAUUCGCUUCGAGGACGUCUAUUUUGAAUACCUAGAAGGUCAGAAAGUUUUAAACGGAGUGUCCUUUGAAGUUCCCGCUGGAAAGAAGGUGGCUAUAGUUGGUGGCAGCGGGUCAGGGAAGAGCACCAUUGUGCGGCUGCUGUUCCGCUUCUAUGAGCCUAAUCAGGGAAACAUCUACAUUGCGGGGCAGAAUAUCAGAGACGUCGGCCUGGACAGCUUGAGGAAGGCUUUGGGAGUCGUACCUCAGGAUGCCGUUCUGUUCCACAACACCAUCUUCUACAACUUGCAGUACGGCAACAUAAAUGCUACAGCAGAAGAGGUGUACCAAGUGGCACGUUUAGCGGGUCUGCACGACGCCAUCCUCAGGAUGCCCCAUGGCUACGACACCCAGGUUGGAGAGCGGGGCCUCAAGCUGUCAGGUGGGGAGAAGCAGCGUGUCGCCAUCGCCCGCGCCAUCCUCAAGAAUCCGCCCAUCCUCCUGUAUGACGAAGCGACGUCGUCCCUGGACUCCAUCACCGAAGAGAACAUCCUGAGUUCUAUGAAGGAGAUUGUGAAGGACCGGACGUCUCUGUUUAUCGCCCACCGACUGUCCACCAUUGUAGAUGUAGAUGAGAUUUUGGUCCUCAAUCAGGGCAAAGUGGCAGAGCGAGGCAGCCACAGCACCCUCCUCGCCACGCCGGGCAGCUUAUACAGAGACCUGUGGAAUGCGCAGAACAGCAAAAUCCUGAGCGGCGGCGACGGUAAAUUCUCAGCCCAGCCACCUGCUGAGCGGCUGUCCCAGAAAGAGGAGGAGAGGAAGAAGCUGCAGGAGGAGAUCCUGAACAGUGUGAAGGGCUGCGGGAACUGCUCCUGCUAAGAGCUGCAGCCGCUGCCAUGUUCCCUCAUCCCUCAAAGAUGGCCUGCACUGGAAUCCUUUCUGCAACGGGGCUGGGUCGGGGCGGGGUCAAUUCCCUUCCCCAUCUGAACCCCAAUCACUGUGACCUAUCUGUCCUCCUCUUAUAAACCAAGGCCGCCGCACGCCAACAUGGAGGUGGAGCACAACAGGGAGCAAGUGUGUUUAGCUCUGGCUCCUGGCCAGAUUUAGAGCUUUCAUGCCAGUUGUCUGAGCUGAAGCAAAGCGUAAGAGACUCGGUGUAAGAAAUCCGUGUGCUGGAGACAUCUGUUCUCCAACAUGGCCGUCUCCCUCUCCUCAUUUUGGACAUCUGGUUUAGUGACAUCUUUCACUGCAAUGGAAACAUGUAAUCACUUGCAUAUGCCUUGAAGUUGACAGAAUUUAUAUGGAUUUAGGUUUUUUUAAUUAUUGAUAAAGAUAAACUGACUUUAGGGUUUGCAUUUUGUAUUAAAGGUGUGUACAUAUCCCCCUUUAUUCUGCAGCUAUAGUCUUGGACCGCGGGACAGCUUGAACACUAUUAAAUGAAGCAGAGGCCCCUCUGAGAUUUAGCCUACUGUGCUACGCACAUGCUGUUCUCCCUGUUAAGUUUCAGUUGGUUUAUUCUUUUUACGCUAAUAAACUGCAGCAAUGAGAAGAUGCAGGAGAUCUAAAAGCUUCUCACAGCUGGAGUCAUUGAUUUCAUAUAAAAAAGUUUUACAACUAAAUACUACUAAAGGGGUUUUAAUAAUGCAAAGAGCUUUAGAUUGUGUGACCAAAUAUGGAGUCUUCUUCUGUGUAAGAACAGCAUCUAUAUCCUUAUCCUCUGAGGAAUCUUUUGGUUUCACAUUCUCCUUCAAAUCUGAUUAUUUUCUUCUUUAAAUGAAGAAUAACUCUUUGGAUGUCUGCAAUAAACUACAUGUGUGACUUACCUUCAGAAAGAGUAAUAAAGGGUUUUUUUUCAGGACUUUU